AUGUCGCUCCUAGCGACCGAAACCAGCACAGGGGAACCCCCCACGCUUGCCAGUGAAAACACAGACGUCCAUAUUGUUGAGAAGGAGGCAGUCCAAAAUGAGCGCCUGACCUUUACAUUGAACGAGGAACAAACAGAGAUAGGUAAAUAUAAGGCUCCUGCAGCAGCAGAAAAUCCAUAUUCAGAAGCCUCGUCCGAGGAAAAGGAUACGGAGAAUAGCGAUGAUGAUGAAGUUGUCGAAGCAUCCAAGCACUUCCGGUCCCGCGCAGGUAUCACCUAUGUGUCCGACAAGCUAUGGAAAAAAUACGAGAACCUUGCUGUCAAUAGCCAUAUCUAUGUGGGAACGACAGACAAUUCUGGGGCAACAGAUCAGAUGGCAGGCUCGCCAUCAAACUAUGCCGGAGAUUCAGCGAUCGAGAAGAAGGUCACACUACCUGCUCGGAUUUGUCUGAUGAAUUACAAGCUUCGCAACGAAAUGUCAAGAGUCUGUGGAAUAGAAGAUCUUAAUCUUUAUCAUGUCGCGCCGUUUCGAGCCAUCGUUCCGUUUGAACAACAAUUUCGAGCACGACUGAAAGAACUUGAAAAGGAAUUCUUGGAAAAGGCAGAUCUUCAUCCAGACAAACCUGCCAUCACACGUUCCAGAGUGUGGCUACCAUAUGUUUUUUCAGUCGGAACUGAUUUGAGCUCUGAUGCCGAUGGCUCAAUUAUUCCUGGCAAGAUACGAGACAUUUUUGAUGAUCUGGAUGAGUUCCGAGCCAUUUUAGAUGGAUUCAGAGCCUUGAUCUAUUUAUUUGACAAUGACCUGGCGCAUGUAGUGCGAACAUAUCAUCAGGCACGCCAGGGAACCUUAACAACUAUUCCCUUCUCGCACCUCUGGUAUAUAUUCUGGCCAGGACAGGAAAUCGUCAGCCACCAGAACUAUCGUCAGGUUUAUCGCGUCCUGCAAGUCUGCGGUGGACGCCGAUCCCUUGAUCCCAAGAGCCGAACAAGCCACACCGCCGGUUCUAACCUUGUCAUCAGCUGUUUCCAUCUUGACUAUGAUGGUAUAGAAGUGGGCCCUCUUCGUGUCAUUUUCCACAUCAGACCCUAUGUUGGGGAGCUCUCCGUCAGUGCGUUAGAUGUCUUCCCCUUGGAGUACCUUGGCCAGUCCGCCACACUGAACAUCACCUUACGUGGUCGAAAUUUUGUUGAAAUUGCCCAAGUAUCUCACAGACACUACAAGGGGCUUAACCUAAGGACUGAUAAGUUCCAUAAGCUGGAAGAGAAAGUUGUCCUCCAGUCAAUUGAGGAUGAUCCAGAUGAGACAAGGGAGAACGAAUACCAAUACGAUAAUGUAGAUUAUGAGCAAGCUGAGUAUCUAAAGUUUAUUCAGGAGACCUCGUUGCUUGAGUUUCGCUUCCCCGAGGAGCUUAAGGAAGAUCAUCUGAUUCUUCUCCCGGCCAGAGUAUAUGGAUAUGUCUUUUUCAGUCGCAAAUGGUACCCAUUGAACGUCGAAUUAUUGACCGAGGUCCAAAGCAUCAAAGAGGGAGAAUAUGAUGCCUUUGAUGACCUGGUUCUGCCCAAAAGGCAUCGAAACAUUAUCAGAGCAUUGGUUAAAACACAUGCCCGCGCAAAACCAGCCUCAAAAGCAGGGCUAGCAAAGGCUUCCACUCAACGGGAAUUUGAUAUUGUUAGAGGCAAGGGCAAAGGCCUUAUUAUUCUCUUACACGGAGCACCUGGCGUUGGGAAGACGUCAACGGCUGAAUGUGUCGCCGCCCACACUGGUCGACCGUUGUUCCCGAUCACUUGUGGUGAUAUUGGGGGAAAUACUGCACAAGAGGUUGAGAAAAACCUGGAGCGGUUCUUUGAGCUUGCCAUGGCAUGGGGUUGUGUGCUUUUGCUUGACGAGGCUGAUGUUUUCCUGGGCGAGCGUAUCAGAGGGAAUAUUCAUCAGAACAGUCUGGUUUCAGUCUUCCUUCGAGUACUCGAGUAUUAUUCUGGGAUCCUGAUCCUGACAACAAACCGCGUUGGGCAAUUCGACGAAGCAGCUACUUCCCGAAUUCACUGUGCCCUAUACUAUCCGCCAUUCAACCAAGAAAAAGCCCUUCAAGUCUGGCAGAAGAACGUGGAGCGACUGGAACGUGCAAACGAGACCUCCGGAGUCUCUAUCAUACUGGAUAAGAAGAAAAUCAUGAAAUUCGCCAAGCUGCAAUGGAAAGCCGGCACUCGCUGGAACGGCCGCCAGAUCAAAAACGCAUUUCAAACAGCUGUCGUACUUGCAGACUGGGACAGCUUGAAAAAACCCGAAGAAGAGCCAUCGGCUACUAGGCUGCGGAUCAAACACUUCAAGGCUGUAGUCAAGACCAGUAAUCAUUUCGAGUCGUAUCUGACGUCUGUACGAAAGUCUGACCAGGAGCGCGCGAGGACCUACAUGCUACGGAGAGACGAUGUAAAUCAGAGCUUCGUGGACCCUGAUAGCCUGGAACAGAUCUCGAAAAAGGCUGCUCGUCCGAAAUGGCCGGGUGCGGAAGACUCUGAUGAUUCCGCGGAUAGCGACGAUGAUCUGGUAUCUGAAGAAGAUGAGAGUGAGAGUAGUGACAGUGAAAGCGAUUCUGAGCCCUCCAAGAAAAAGGCAACCAAGAAAUCUAAAAAGAACCAAAAGAAGAAGGAUAAGGAGAAAGAGAAGAAGACGAAGAAGAAGUCUAAGAAAGCACCAGAGUCAUCUGAGUCCUCCAGUUCAUCUGAUAGUGAGAGUGACAAGUCAUGA